UACUAGUAGCAACUGGACCAAGCACUUCCAACUGACCGCCAUGACGUGAGCGAGCACAGCGGACGCUUUGGCCGAAUUCGGCUGCGAGUCCCGCUGACUCGUUCGAGAUGACGGUGGCAGCGGAUGUUCCGUGCACCAAGGUGGCCUCUUUGGUGUCCAACGAGGAUCGUGCCGAAUGCUUCGGGCGCGAGCCCAUCUUCUCGCUGUCCGAGGGUUCACCGGUCUGCGGCAUCAGGAAUGAGGUGGAUCAUCUGAGCCUUCGCACAGAUAGCCUUCAUUCCAUCGAUAACGACAGCGAGGAGGCCCCAGUCCCGGAUCCGCAGGAGACGCGCUGGAGGUGCUCGAGGUCCUUGGCCCUCCUUUGGCCUGCCUUCCCAAGGACAUCGAGAUCCAGGAGCUGAAUGCCUACCGCGCAGACUACCAGAACUUCCGCGCGGGCCACGCGUCCGGCGCGCGGGGGGAGAUGGCCUCCCUUUGUGCCUCCGUGCGCGAGCAGAGGCUCAUGGACACUUGCUCCGGGGAGGCAAGCGCUGGGACCUACUACAAGACCUUUGCCAAGCGCCGCCCCCGGCUCGUGCCGCUGAUCGGCCUGGACUUGGCCACCAGCAGUGCGGUGCGGUCUGCGGCCACCGCUGCCAGCGAGCACCUGGCGGAAAUGGCGCAGAUCCACUCCGCCAUCUCUGGGCGCGCGGAGACCUCCGAGGACAGCGGCCAGGAGCUGGUGGAGGUCACCAAGAAGGAGCGGAGCCGCAAGAGCUCCCAGGCCGACGCCAAGCCCACGCCCUGCUUCGCCAACGGAACCUUCGGAGCUUCGCGGGCGAGCAAAAGCCGCAGUCGGGGCCCGCAGCUGCGGCAAUGCAGCGCCCCGGGGCCGGACCAGGCCUUUUCUUUGCGGCAGUCCUGGACGACCCUCAUCCAAAAGGGCGCCGUGCCUACGACGGUGGCGGAAAACGACCUCGAAGAUCCAGGCGCUUUCCAGCGGAGCCCUCGCAGCAACACCUCCCUGGGCAUCGGCUUUCUUACGCACAUUGCGGUGUCCAUGGUGUGCUUGAUGCCAUUCCUGCAUACGCAGGCCACGCCUCACAGCUGCCUCCUCCUGCCCACGCUCUACAUGGGCUACGUGGUGGGCCUCUGGUUACGCUUUGGGCCCUGCGCCAAAUCUGAGCGAGUGCCUGUGGUCAUGACCAAGGUGUUGCGUAUGGAGCGCCUGGUCAGCGAGGGCUCACUCCCCGUGUGGUUUCCGCACCUCGCGGCGGCGGCGUACGUAGUGAUGGUUGGCAUGCUGGAGCUGGGACACCGCUUCCAGACAGUCAGCAAGAGCCAGCGGAUGCUGAGCGCCGGGCCUGUCCGGCACGACUACAACUGCUGGGGCACCGGACAGGAAGAUGUGGCGGACUGCAUCCUGGUCCGCCAUGCGGGGUGCACCAUGACGGUAUCCUUCUACACCUGCCUGAUAGUCAUGAAGGUCUGCAACCGCAAGGUGAAGGGCUCGGACCUGGUGGGUGAGCACGAGCGCUCGCUGCAGCAACUGUUCCCGCUGGAGGCGCCCUCGCUGCUGUCCUACGUGGAGAGAAGUGUCAAGUCCAACUCCACCUUCUGGAGAUCCCACCGCCACUACAAGGCGCAGUCGCUGAUCCUCUCACUAGCCUGGACCUUGAUGUCUUUCUAUGUCUACACGGAGCUUUUGCAGGGCGCCAAGACGAAGUCUGCGCAGGCGGUUUUUUGCACCGCUCUGGUCUUCACCUUCAUGUUGCAGUACACGCUGCUAAGGCACGUACUCCUGCGCGUGAUCGUGAUCCUGGAGGGUGUGAAGGCGCGGGCGGCGGCCAUGGCCUUUUGCGACGAGGAGGGUGUCCUGCCCUUUACUUCGGCGCACUCGGUCUACGUGUGGUUCUCGGUGCGACGCAACGUGCAGGCGCAGAAUGAGGUGGCCUACCAGAACGCCAGCCCCGUUUUCACCGCCAUGCUGAUCUGCGCGGCAGUGUGCUCCGGUUGGGUGAUCUCCCAGCUGCGGCAGCGCGGGAUGUCUGUCUUUGGCCUUACGAGCCGUGGGGGGGCCUCGCUCAUGGUUGUGGCGUCCGCCUUGGUGUCCUGCAUCUUCGUGGGGGUGUUCUUGCGAACCCUUCUAGAGAUCGGCAAGCUAGAGGACGCCCACGUGCGGCAGCUGCGCAUGGCGCAUUUGCGCCUGGAGCAUGCUAAGUGCCUGAAGAAAGCCUCUGCCAUGGAGACGGAGACUGGCGCAUUUGUGGAGCGUCGAAGAAGAGAGUCUCGCGCGAUUUGCCCACCGAGAGGGGGGACGAGCAUGACAUGGACGGUGCCAUGAUCAUGAUCGACAGAGUCAUCUCCCUCUUAGAGCAGAACGACGUGAAGCCUGCGAUCUUUGGAGUCGAGAUUGGCUCCAAAAGCUUCCAGGGUGUCUACGCUGCGCUCCUCGCGAACCUGUGGUAUCUCCUGGUUUGGGGCGUUCUCAUUCCAAUCAUCAACUACCAUGAUGAUUAGCUUUGCCGGAGACUCGAGAAACGACUCGCACACCUUUGUCAGGAAAGCUUAAGCUCUCGGCUGACUCAAAACGCCCCUUUUUAAAGCCCGAUGGCUUUCCUAUCGAGCAGGCGUCGCGCUUCUCCGGAACAGCGAAGCUGGGUUUAGCUU